CGUUUCCGGUGAGGAAUGGCGCGGAGUGAUUUAGACCUCGGCGCUCUAAGCGACGCGUUUAGCUCCGCUCAAAUUUCCAAACACGAAGAACCGACUGGUCCGAGCCACACCAACGACGACGGCGAUGCCGGUGGUUUGCAAGUCACGUGCUUCAGUGAGGUCGUCAACGAAACCGCCUUCCACCUCCAAAUCAUCCGCCUUCCCAAGCAGAUCUAUGCAUGGAUUGGUUGCAACUCUGCAAAAAUUGGGCAUUUGUAUGCAGCAGCACCUAUGAGACCUAAUACAGUGGGUGUUACAUCCAUACUUGGAGGGGCUUCUGAUAAUACAGGGUCGGGCAUUGCUCGAAGAUUAGUGUUAAAGACUGGACUUAACAUAAUCCUGGCUUGCAACAUUCCUAAGAAUAGUCCCAUGCUUGAGGCAGAUGCUGAAAAAUUGUUGGUUCAGAAGCUAAUCAAUCUUGGGUACACAAGGCCAAGGUCCGGAGGAUUGUCGUCAUAGCUGGGGACUUUUGAUCCUGCUGGGUAUGAGGAAUGAUUACUAAGUCUGGUUACCACUGUCAAGUGUCGUUGGAACCCUUACUAGUCUGAUCAUAGUCGUAAAGUUGACACUUUUCUCACGCUAUGUUGUGCUUAUGUGCGUAUCAGUUGGGGGGCGACCAGUUCUGUCGGUUUUAGAUUUUUUUUUUUAUUGAUUGCAAAGUAUUUCCAGAAAGGAAGCCAUAGUUUAUGAGUUUCUGAUGUUUAUGAUUAAGAAGAAUCCAACUUCCAACCAGAGAAUUGUACGUUUUCAUUGCCAACUUUUUGUAUUGUUGAUUGUAGAAAUUGAUGACUUGCAUGGUGAUGGCGAUGACGAUGGCGAUGGUUUAUCUCGUA